CUUUGGUUGUAGUGGCAGAAUUUUGAAAUGAGAGUGAGGCCACUGCACUUCAUAGCAUGCUGAACACUUUAUAGAGAUGAGACAUACAUAUGGUGUGCACUGAAUUGGUUUUGAAAUGGUCAUUCAGCGGAGAGGGAACCCAAAAGUCAAUGGCGCUUCCGCUAUAGAGAAAAAAAUUAAAAGGGGAAAUGCACAGAGACAGGCCUCAGGGUGGAAACGGACCGCUGGCUCCCUGUUGUGGUGUGCAGCUCUAGUGUGUGUCCUCCUCACCCUGGGCUGGUGGUACUUUACUCUGGACAACGACGUCACCGAGACACUGGUCUCACGCAGAGAGGUGCUUCAGCAGCCCAAGGUCUUCCCUGUGCAGUGCUCGGAGGAUUACGAGAAUCACAAGCGCUUCCCAGGCUGCACACCUCAGUCAUGUGGAAGAGCGGUCACCGACACUGUGGUCACCAAAGAAGAAGCGCUGACCCUCAGGCAGCUUGCUGAAAGAGGACUGUCGCUGGGUGGAUCUGAAGGAGGGGCCUCUAUCCUUGACUUGCACUCAGGGGCUCUGUCCAUGGGGAAACAAUUUGUUAACAUCUACAAGUAUUCUUCUGGAGAUAAAAUCAAAGACAUUUUUUCAAAAGAGGAUUUUGAUCUCUACAGGGACGUGCGGAGCCGCAUCCAAAGGAGGAUUGCUGAGACGUUUGGUGUGGACUCCUCUCACAUGUACCUCACCAAGCCCACCUUCUUCUCCCGCAUCAACAGCACUGAAGCCAAGACCGCUCAUGACGAGUACUGGCACCCCCACAUUGACAAGGUGACAUAUGGUUCAUUUGAUUACACAUCAUUACUGUACUUAUCUGACUAUGGGUCAGACUUUGGUGGUGGUCGCUUCAUCUUCAUGGACGCCAGUGGGAACCGAACGGUGGAACCAAGAGCAGGGCGAGUGUCCUUCUUCUCGUCUGGCUCGGAGAACCUGCACCGCGUGGAGAAGGUGACCUGGGGCACCCGCUACGCCAUCACCGUGUCCUUCACCUGCGACCCUGACCACGCCAUAGACGACCCCACCCUCCCUUAGGGCUGCGCUGCUCAGGCCAGGGUGGUCAUUGUAGACCGCCAUUGGCUGGCAGCACCACCGAAGCAGGGGUCACCACAUGGUAACAGCAGACACAGAACUUAUGAGGUGCAGGCAGCUUGAAGUUUAAUUAAGCCUUGGCGAGACAUUGCCGUUUGCUUGACUACUUUGCCUCAAUCUCAGCCUGUGUUCUAAUGCCGGGAUGAAUAAGCCUUUUAAAAGAUAUUUUUUACAUUCCAGUUACUUCACAUUCCUGAUAUGAUCCACCAUCAGAAUAGCUAUAUGAGAUCAUUUAUUUCAUGUAAUUCUCAGAACUGAAUUGGCACUUUAUUGGCAGGUAUUCACACUGAAAGGUGAUGUUGCCUAGAUGUGGUUUUCUUCCAUUGAGAAAAAGAAUUCCUCUCCUGUGGAGAACCAUUUCAGCAAUUUUUAUCCCAUAGGGUGGUGAUAGGUCUUUUUUUGUGUUGUGCUGCCCCUUACCCUAUACCGUUUAUUCCUAAUUAUGAAUGUGCGCUUGUAUGGAUUUUAUUUGGGGAAAACAAAAUAAACAAAAACAAAUAAUACCACACUGUUGCAAAUCCAUCAAGAUAUUUCAUGACUCAUUUAUUUAUGCUCUAUAGAUGACAUCCUGGAUAUGACCGCAACAAAUUUCAGCAAACUUUUACAUACAGUGGGGGGCAUAAUGUAUUGGAACCCAUGCUAAAGUUGACUAAAAAGAGGAAUAUAAAAUCAUCUUUUGACAAUUGAUCUUAAUGCCUUAAUUCAAACAAUAAGUAAAAAUCAAACCGCUAAGGACACCUAUUUCAUUUGUGAUUGCAGAAUGUAACGUAAAUAAAUAAAU